AUUUAAGUUGUAUAAUUACACUAGUUCCGAAGCUAAAUAUAUUCUUAUUUUAAAAAAUUAGAGCUAUAAAAGAGAGAUUCUAUCUAGAGAAGUGUAAUAGUGAAAUUGAAAAACAGCUGUAGUUACUUUUGAACUUGAAUAUAAUCUUUUCAUCAUGAAUUUUAAGUUGUAAUGAAGUGGUUUUAUAUUGAGAAUCUUUUUCAUGUUUUAAAUAUUCACUUGGGGGAGCUUAAAAUCCUCCUGUGUUCUUUGAUCUGUGUUGAUAAGUGUAAAAUUUGUUUUAAUUAUGUCAUUAGAUGAUUUCAAGAACUGUAUAAGUGAAUUUAAUACCAUGGCUGACACCAGAAGGCGUGUAAAAUUGUAUGCUUUGAACGCUGAUCGUCAGUGGGAUGAUCGCGGUACUGGGCAUGUUUCUUCGAGUUACGUAGAGAGGCUCAAAGGGAUAUCACUCUUAGUUAGAGCAGAAUUAGAUGGUUCAUUACUUUUAGAAUCUAAGAUCCUUCCAGAUACAGCUUAUCAGAAACAACAGGAUACAUUAAUAGUUUGGUCAGAGGGCGAUAAUUUUGACCUUGCUCUGAGCUUUCAAGAAAAAGCAGGGUGUGAUGAGAUUUGGGAAAAAAUAUGCCAGGUUCAAGGAAAAGAUCCGUCUGUUGAAAUAACUCAAGAUAUCGUAGAAGAAUCUGAAGAUGAGAGGUUCGAUGAUAUGUCUGACACUGCCCCUCCUAUAGAGCUCCCGCCUUGUGAGCUUAGUCGUCUAGAAGAAAUAAAUGAGCUUAUCGGUAGCUGUUUAACUUCGCCGAUGAGAAAGGAGAAGCUCGCCACUGCCCUGGAAACCGACGGUUAUAUUAAGAAACUUUUAAAUCUCUUUCACAUGUGUGAAGAUCUCGAAAAUAUCGAAGGACUUCAUUUUUUGUACGAUAUUUUCAAGAACAUAUUUCUUCUUAACAAGAAUGCUCUCUUUGAAGUUAUGUUUGCAGAUGAUACGAUAUUUGAUGUUGUCGGUUGCCUGGAAUAUGAUCCAUCAUCUUCAGCCCCUAAGCGGCAUCGACAUUACUUGAGGACUAUGUCCAAAUUUAAAGAGGUGAUACCAAUCUCAAAUCAGGAACUUCUGUCUAAAAUACACCAGACGUACAGAGUGCAAUAUAUACAAGAUGUUGUUUUACCAACGCCUUCAGUUUUUGAGGACAAUAUGCUCUCAACACUCUCUAGUUUUAUAUUUUUUAACAAGGUUGAAAUUGUUACCCUCAUUCAGGAUGACAAAUUAUUAACCGAUAUUCUUAGCCUAAUUACUGAUGAUGCAACUCCUCCGCUCAAGAGGAGAGAUUUAGUCCUUUUCUUGAAGGAAUAUUGUAAUUUUUCACAAAAUCUUCAGCCUCAAGGGAAGGAAACAUUUUAUAAGACGCUUUCAUCUCUCGGUAUAUUACCAGCACUAGAAAUAACAUUGUCCUGCGAAGAUGUGAUAACAAAAACUGCCUCUAUUGAUAUUCUUACAUAUUUUGUGGAAUUCUCUCCUUCUGUCGUAAGGGAGCAUACUCUUCAACAAACUCAGAAUUCCGAUGAUGAACUAGUUUUGUUAAACGUGAUUAUGGAGCAAAUGAUGUGCGAUACUGAUCCGGAACUUGGCCGAGCAGUUCAGUUGAUGGGUAUUCUUCGUAUACUAAUUGAUCCAGAGAACAUGAUGGCUUCUAUCAAUAAGGCAGAGAAAACUGAUUUUUUGAAUUACUUUUACAAACACAGCAUUCAUAUUUUAAUCGAACCUCUGUUACAAAAUACCAUGAAUGGUAUCGUCAGCAGAGACGAUUAUAGAACAGUUCAGUUACUAGGACUCAUUUUGGAACUUCUUUCGUUCUGCGUCGAACAUCAUACAUUUCAUAUAAAGAAUUGUAUUAUUAACAAGGAUCUCCUUAGAUGUAUUCUUGUACUUAUGAAAUCUUCUCAUACUUUUCUCGUUUUAUGUGCAUUAAGGUUCAUGAGAAAAAUCAUUGCAUUAAAAGAUGAUUUUUACAAUAGGUAUAUAAUUAAAGGAAAUCUUUUCGCUCCGGUCAUCGAUGCUUUUAUUCGCAAUAAUGGGCGCUAUAAUCUUCUAGAUUCAGCCAUUUUAGAAAUGUUCGAGUUUAUUAAACUAGAGGAUAUAAAAGCUCUUAUGUCACACGUCGUAGAAAAUUAUGGAAAGGUUCUUGACGAAGUUGAUUAUGUACAAACUUUUAAAGCUCUUAGGAUACGAUACAACCAACAUCAGGAUAAAUUGAAAGAUAGAGAAAAGGCCGCUCUUGAUAGUGUUCCGUCUAUAUUGCGAAGCAGUCGGUUGAGGAGGGAACCUCGGCAGCUGGACGAAGAGGAGGAAAUGUGGUUCAACGAGGAUGAAGAUUUUGACGAGGGCGAAGCUGUUGUGCCUGCCGCUACCUCAAAUAUUAUUAACAAGAAAUUGAAUCACGAGAUCGAUUCAAUUGGCAAGACUUUAGACAAGAAAAAUGAAGGUAGCAGUGGUAAGGUGUUCAACAACACUGGAAAAGCCAUCAUAAAUAAUAACUUAAAUUUGGGGACAACACCUCUGAGUCCUGUCCUCCCGAGCACUACUCUCUUUAAGAAGGGGCUCGUGGAUUAUGAAGGUGACUCUGACGAGGAAGAGGAAGAGAGCGGAGAUCUUCUAUCUCCUUCUAAGAGGGCAAGGUUUUCGUAAUCCAUCUGUGUCAAUUUUAUGCUCAUCAAGUUCUCUUCAUCCCUCUUUCAAACUUUUCUCCCUAGCGGGCGAGUUUAAUUAAGGAAAGUAUUGUUAAUGAAGAUUCUACAAAGUGUGCCGUGAUGGCGGGAGACGCUGCCCAGAACGUCUAAGUCCUCAUCAAGGCAGAAUUACACAAGAUGUUUUUAUAUAUAGUUUAUGAAAUAAUUAAUCUGUUCCAUUCUUUGAAUGUUAAGCUAUCAAUUUAGGCACAAAAGCCAUCUAUUUUAAAGUCUGUGCAAUACACAUUGCACAUAUAUAUAUAUUUAGUUGUACAGAUGAAAUUUUUACAUAUAUAUUAUAUAUAUAUAUAUUUACAAUUCUGUUGUACAUCAAGAAUAGUUAGAAGUUUUUAUAAUUAUUUAUUCUCGGCAAGGACACUAGAGUGCGUAAUUCUUAUUUUUUAUGAUGUAUAACAGAGCGAAGUUCAUUAUGUAUAUUUUUUUUAUGAAUACUUUUCACAUUUUAACACAUUGGUGCUAAAAUGUUACGCAUCUGUGACACAACUGUUUCAUAUUAUGUAAUGAUCCCCACAAACAUAAAAGCAAUUCUUUCUUGCCGAUAAUCACAUCUAUGUACAAUUUUUAAUAAAUGAAAAAAGAAGCCCUCUAUGGGUCUAAAUUUUCAGAGAUAUCUGAGCAUCUAAAUGCUAUUAUUUCUGAAAGCACCGAUAGAACGUUGUGCAAAUUUUAACCUGAACUAGGCUACGACUUCUUUGAAGCUCAAAAACAAAAUAAAAAUUAAAUAAAAAAAUAUUAAUUACUUUGUUCUGCGGUAUCUAAUGUUGUAGACAAGGUAAACAUUUAAAUUAUUAACUAUUUUUUACCACUAAUACUCAUAAAAUUGUAAAUAAGUGUUUAAAAAAAAAGAAACCAGUUUGUACUGUUGGAUACAGACAAUGUCUGGUAAAAGUGUUGUGGACGACUUUUUAUUUGAACAUUUCAUGUGUUGGUGUUUAAUUUAAGGUAAUUUGGGAAAAAAUAUAUGGAAACUAUAGUUAAAUUAUAUAUUGAGGUUGUGUAAGUGUGUAUUAAUGUAUAGUAAAAAUGCUUGGGACAAUUUGUUUCUUAUAAAGAACUGUGAUAUAAAGGCCUACAAAAACUAAAUGGUAUCAUAUAGUCGUUCCUUUUUGUACUCGUUACUUGGAACUUGUUAUAUUUUAUCAUUUAUUUAUUCAUUUUAUAUAUGUAAAUUGUUUCCAAGUUAUUUUGUAUGUAAGAUAAUUGUGUUUACCAUAUUAAAAACCAUUCCAAAUGGCAUUAUUUAUUUAUAUAAAUAUAUAUAUAUCAGAUAAAAAAACGAAAUAAAAUAAUAAGCAAAUUGUUCCAAGACUUAUCGUCCAAAAUCCCAGAUAUUGGAAAUAUUUAAUUUGAAAUUUAUAUUUCAUGUAAAUAGAUUUUGUUCAAAUACCACUCUCGGUUUUUGAUUUGUAAAAUGAAAUAAAAGCUACUUAUAUGUUUAAAUUGAAUUUUUUUUUUAGUUUUUAAAUGAAACCAAGUGCAAUAUAUUUUGAUACCUUAAAAAAAAAAGAAAAAAAAUUUAAAUUGUUGAUUAUAAUAUAUAAUACCUGUGGCCUCAAGAGGCUAUUUGUCUUUUAUAAUUUAUUGACUUGUCUUUUAUGUUAAAUGUUAUGAUAUGACAACAACAGAAAAAAAAGUUAAAAAUAAAUAAUUAUUUUUAACAGAAUAUCUUUUUAGAUUAGCUCAUCCACAUGUUUAUUGACAAUUUUUCUAUUAAAAAAUAUUUACUGAUUGAUUUUUGAUAUAUUGAUUUCAUUUAUUAGGAAAGUUGCAUGAUAUAUCUUAAUUUUAUCAUUUGAAUACAUCACAAUUUGGUUUUAUAACAUUUCAUUGUGUACAUUAAUAAUAAUUUUAUUACAGUGAACUCUUUAUAAUCCGAACUAAGUAAAACCAAGAAGGUUCGGAUUAGUGAACAAGAAAAAAAUGCCACUUCAUAAAUAAUUAACCAAUUUAAAAUAAAAAAAAGUAUAAACGUAUACACAAUAAUUAAUCAUUGUUCAGAAAUUUAUUAAUUUACUAUUUUCUUGUGAAAUAAUAUGGAAUUUUCAUUUGUUUGGAACUUGAAAUCAU